AAGUUCAGUCUUUAAUAGUUGUUAGCUUGAGUGAGUAAAUUACUAAAGUCUACCCCCUCUAUAGAUAUGGAAAACGAAAGUACAUAUGCUCAGGCAAUACAAGUCAACCUCAAAGAUUCCUUACUUUUGUAACGCAUGCUGAAUUUAAAAUGGAUACUUUGAAUAUUCUUAUUCAGGAAUCUGGUAAGAUUUGCCCUGCAAGUGUUGCUUAUUGAUGUCUUCCGAAUGAUGGCUUCCAGAUUUCAGUAUGCAAUGACUCUUCACAUUAUUAUUUUUCUACAGAUAGUUCAUUUGGUCACAGGCCAGUUUAAAAUUAUACCUCCUGACAAUCCUGUUAUUGGAGUCAUUGGGAAAGGAGUCACCUUGCCCUGUCAGCUGGAAGCUAAGACAACCCCUGAGAGACUUUUUGUUCAGUGGAUAUUUAUUGGAAAAUCCCAGAGAAUUGUUGUGACCACCUAUGAUGGAAAAAACAAACAAAAUCCAAUUAGUGAGGAUGAGACAUACCAGGGCAGGACAAAUUUCUUUCAGACUGAAUUUAAUAAGGGUAACAUGUCUCUUCACCUGAAAAAUGUCAUGCUCUCUGAUGAAGGGAAAUACACCUGCAAUAUCUUUCUGGAGAAUUGGUAUGAUGAAGUGGUGGUUGAUCUGAAUGUGGCAGCUAAAGGUGAUGACACUUCCAUCUUCCUGGAUGGUCACGUCGGUCAGGGCAUUGGCCUCACCUGCAAGUCACAGGGAUGGUUUCCAGAGCCUGAGGUAGUUUGGCUGGACAGUAAAGGACAGACGCGAAAAGAGAAAGUGAUCACCCAAAGAACAAAGACUUCUUCAGGCAUUUUUGAUGUUGUAACUUCCAUGAACCUAGAACCAGGAUCUGACAAAGAAGUCUCCUGCAGAAUUGUCAAUAACCUACUCAACACUGUAUGUGAAUCCCGAGUCCUGAUAUCAGAUGUCUUCUUUCCAUCCACUUCACCUUGGAUGACUGCCUUCAUUGCAAUUUUAUGUUUCAGUAUUGCUGUUAUUGCUGCUGUGGGUGCUAAACUGAAGGUUAAUACUACAAGAAGACAAAAAGCAGAAAAAAAGACGAAUGAUCUUAAAACAGAAAAAAACAAUCUGGAGGAACAAUUAGAGGCACAGAAGAACACAUUCAAAGGAGCAACCUCUGAGAACAUAAAGCAACUUGAUCGACUAAAAGAUGACUUGGACUUCUGGGAAGCCCGGAGCCAUGCAGUGUUCAUUGACGUGAAUCCUGACUGCCGAGUCCUAGAGCUCCCAGUGCCGGGGACUCCAAAAGUUGAGGACACCUCAUCUGAGCCUGAAAGCCUGAGCAGUCCCUCCACAGUCCCUGUUCUGGUGGGGAAGGAAGGGUUUGCAGCUGGGAAACACUACUGGGAGGUGGAGGUGGACCAGCAGCAGGACUGGGUGCUGGGGGUGGUGAGGGAGAAAGAGAGGCAAGAGGAGGAAGGGACAGAUGUUGGUGAGGACUUCUGGGCUCUGCACAGAUCCCAGGGAGAGUUAUUCUCUAGCAAGAAAAACAGCAAGAUUGAGAAGAAGAAUAUGAAUUGCUCAGUGAUUGGCGUGCUUCUGGACUUGGAGGAAGCACAAGUCAAAUUUUAUGAAGCAGGACAGAAGAAUAUCAUAGUGAAAAUCCCUCUAAGCCUUGGAAAGGAACAUGCAGAAAUGUUUUACCCAUUUCUGUCCAAAGAGGAAGGGAUAGUCAAACCUGUUUGCCAUCAGCAAAAAAUUCCUGUUCCAUUAAAGGCUCUAUAAGUUGGACUCUCACAUUUAAUGGAUUAGGGAAAGACAGUUCACUUGAAAGUAAAACAGAAAAUUUGAGAACUGAUAUUUCAGUAAUAUAAAAUUACUGAAGUAAUUGUAAUAGUAAUGUAAAGAGAAGAAACUUGUGUUUAAAGCAGGAAGAAAAAUCAAGAAAGAAAAAAAGAAACGGGUAGUAUAAACAAGAUUGGGAUCAGAUUCAGAAACUCUGGUAGUUAUUUGAGCUCCCUUUACAGGACAUGACAGUCUUAUGAGUACAGCAACAGGUUCAGUUGAUUGAAGAGAGUAGUAAUUUAGGUGGUGCUAUAUAAUCUGUCUUUCCUACAGUUUUCUCUAGAAGGAUUUGCAUCAUUUUCUUUUUAUUUUUAUUUUUGUCAUAACUGUCAGCUGGAAGUAUCUCAAACAGCACCUACCUCUAGGCAACAUGACUUAUUCUCCCUGUUCUACAUUUAAGUUCAACAUCAUCUGUAAAGUUAGGCAAAUUAAAUUUCACCAUCUUUAUAACAAAAAAUAAAUAAUUAAAUCUUCCUUGGAGAAAAGUACCUUUUUGAAAACUCUUAUUUUAUAUGUUAAGCUCAUUAGAAGAUCUAUGAUAAGAUAAAUCAUUAAAAGAUAGAUAUUUUCCAAAGAUCUGCUAGAAUUUGGCAGGGUAUUGAGCAUACCUUGCUUUGAGAAGCUUGACAUGAACCUGCAGCGUGUGCUUGCAGCUCAGAAAGCCAACCAAAUCCUGGACUGCAUCAAGAGGAGUGGCCAGCAUGUCAAGGGAGCUGACUGUGCCCCUCUGCUCUACCCUUGUGAGGCCCCACUUGGAUUCCUGCACCCAGGUCUGAAACUCCCAGCCCAAAAAGGAUUUGGACCUGUUAGAGGAGGGCCAUAAAGAUGAUGAGAAGGUUGGAGCACAUCUCUGAAGAAAGUCUGAGAGAACUGGAGAUAUUCAGCCUGGAGAAGAGAAGGCUCUGGGGAGACCUCAUUGCAGCCUUUCAGUACUUAAAGGAGUCACAUUAAAAAGGUGGAGAGAAACUUUUUGAUGCAGCAGAUAGUGAUAGGAUAAGGGGGAAUUGUUUUAAAACUCUCGCCGAGGCAGUCAGCUCUGGGGCAGACGCGUUCUGCAGUGGAGUGGGGGAUCGUUGUAUGCAAGGUGUUUUCUGGUUCAAAGCCACACGAGGCAGCCGAGGAAGCCACCAGGACACAGAAGCCUUCGCAAGGGCAACAGAUGAGGCUUGGGCAGAGCCAGCAACACCCCCCUCUGUCAUACAAAGACAGUCCCUAGGGAAUGCAAGUGACCGGGAGCGCGGCGAACAGGGUGGACAAAGAGAAUGUGGCGUGGCAGUCAAGGCAUGGUGAGGCAGUUUCUGUGGGCAGGGUGAGGAGGGAGGGUGGAAUAUCCCCCCCAUUCAGGAGAUGGGUUCACCUAUCAGCUGCCAACCAGAUGGCAAACACAGACAUGGUCUCCACCAGGCAGAAAGUGCUUACCAAAAAGACUUGAACCCAGGAUGAAGAGACAGAUGAGGCUUUUCUGUAAACAUCUGGCGAAAGUCAUGCAAUCGCAAGCACUUCUUCUCAUUGGGAAUUCAAUGUCCUGUCUUACUAGAGAUUCCAGACCUCAAUAAAUGCGGUGCUUGCUUUUUGCCUUGA